AUUCCACAAAAUGCUAUGGCGGGAAGCGUUCCCGCCAUUAAUUGGAAAACAAAAACUUUGUCGGUUCUUUCUCUAUAUAAUCCUCCUUUUUCUUCUUCAUUUUAUUCCCUACACUCAAAACCUAUUUUAUUCCCAUCACUGCGUUGCUAUUCAAGUUUUCAAAUUUUAAGAAUGGAGAUUCAAAACAACAGUAGCAGCCCUGAAGUCAAAGAGCCAUCACCCAAGAUCCCAAAGCUUCAAAAAAAUGGAAAUGGUCAAGCCUCAGACUCUUUCUUCAGGGUCAAAAAGCUCUCUGAUAAAGCUAUUUUGCCUACCAGAGGAUCUCUUCUCUCUGCCGGCUAUGAUCUUUCCAGUGCAACUGACACUAAAGUACCCGCUAGAGGGAAAGCUCUAAUCCCAACAGAUCUAAGCAUCGCUGUACCUGAAGGAACAUAUGCUCGCAUUGCGCCGAGAUCAGGACUGGCAUGGAAGCACUCAAUUGAUGUGGGAGCAGGAGUGAUAGAUGCCGAUUACAGGGGACCCGUUGGGGUUAUAUUGUUUAAUCAUUCUGAUGUUGACUUUGAAGUGAAGGCUGGAGAUAGAAUUGCCCAGUUGAUUAUUGAGACGAUAAUUACUCCUGAUGUUAAAGAAGUUGAGGAUUUGGAUGCCACUGUGAGAGGUGAGGGAGGGUUUGGCUCUACAGGUGUUUGAGAUUCCAUGUCUUUUACUAGGUUAAGAUGUUCCUGGUCUUUUGACGUUCUGCUAGGUGCUGUUUUGUGUAGUGUUAUUAGGAGAUGUUGAUUUAGUAAUUUUAGUGAACAGAUGGUUGGCCAAAAGUUAAAAGGUAAAUGUUCUGGUUUAUAUCUUUGUUUCAAAAGUAAUUUGAAUCUGAAAUCUGUUGGUAAAAUUGCUUUUAACUUCUCCACAAA